AUGUUUUAUUCUUCACCUGAAAUAUUUGUUGAACCACCUACAGCAAUUUCCCUAGGUAGCAAUAAUAAUAAUCAUGAUGAAAACUACGUUUCAGAUUCUGAAGAUCAUGAAAGUGAACAAAUCAAAGAUCGUAAAAGUGUAUUUAUAGCAUAUGCCAAAAUGCGUAGAAAAUUAGAAACAAGUCGAGCUGUUUAA